AUGUCUUACACCUGCUGCCAGUCCAGCCUGAGCUGCCGCUCCAGCUGCUCCUCCCGGCCCUGCGGGGGCUCCGGCAGCCACAGCGCCUUCAAUGGCAACGAGAAGGAGACCAUGCAGGUCCUGAACGACCGCCUGGCCAGCUACCUGGAGAAGGUGCGCCACCUGGAGCGCGAGAACGCGGAGCUGGAGUCCAAGAUCCAGCAGCACUGCCAGCAGCAGGUGCCCUACGCAAGCCCCAACUACCAGUCCUACUUCCGCACCAUCGAGGACCUCCAGCAGAAGAUCCUGAGCGGCAAGUCUGAGAACGCCAGGCUGGUGGUGCAGAUCGACAACGCCAAGCUGGCCGCCGACGACUUCAGGACCAAGUAUCAGACUGAGCAGGGCCUGCGCCAGCUGGUGGAGUCGGACAUCAACGGCCUGCGCAGGAUCCUGGACGAGCUGACCCUGUGCAAGUCUGACCUGGAGGCCCAGGUGGAGUCCCUAAAGGAGGAGCUGCUGAGUCUCAAGCAGAACCACGAGCAGGAGGUCAACACCCUGCGUUCCCAGAUUGGCGACCGCCUCAACGUGGAGGUUGAUGCUGCCCCCAAUGUGGACUUGAACAGCGUGCUCAACGAGACCAGGAGCCAGUAUGAGGCCCUGCUGGAGACCAACCGCAGGGAUGUGGCUGAGUGGUUCGCCACCCAGACCGAGGAGCUGAACAAGCAGGUGUUGUCGAGCUCUGAGCAGGUGCAGACGUGCCAGGCAGAGAUCAUCGAGCUGAGACGCACGGUCAAAGCCCUGGAGAUUGAGCUGCAGGCCCAGCACAACCUGAGGAGCUCCCUGGGGAGCACCCUGACGGAGACUGAGGGCCGCUACAGCUCCCAGCUGUCCCAGGUGCAGUGCAUGAUCAGCAACGUGGAGUCCCAGCUAGGUGAGAUCAGGAGUGACCUGGAGAGGCAGAACCAGGAGUACCAAGUGCUGCUGGACGUGCGGGCCCGGCUGGAGAGCGAGAUCAACACGUACCGGGGCCUGCUGGAGAGCGAGGACUGCAAGCUUCCCAGCAACCCCUGCGCCACCAGCAACGCCAGCGGCGGCUCCUGCGGGCCCUGCUACCCCUGUGGCCCGCGCCCUCGCUGCGGGUGCUAG